UUAUUCAAGUUGAAAAAAAUUACAUGUUCAUCAAGUUUCAAUCGAUCAGUAUGAGAGGGAGAUAGCAUAGGGAGGGGAAGAAAGGGAGAGAAGCUGAAACAAAAAUGUAGCAACUAAGAAUUUUCAUUUAUAUAAUAGGGUUAUACUCAUUUGUGUUACAACGAUUGAGAUUGGGCGGUUUCAGUGUGAUCGAUCGGCUCCGGAAUGUCAUCCACUCACCUUUAAGAACCGUGGAUUGAUUAGUUUUAGGAUUUUUACCUUUGUGUACUAUCAGAUUUUCGUUUUGGGUUCAGUUUGGUUUAUUCGGAAUCAGUUACUGUUCUACGUGGCGAGUGGGAUCGAUUCUAUGUACUAUGUAGCACUAUACCCACAUAGCUAGGAUCGGCUCCAGAGCUUCUGAACCGAGCGAAACAUUACUUUUACCAUUAAUUAUUUUAUUUCCCGGUGAAUUUCACCCACAUUUACAUUUUCAAGAGAAAAAAUAGUUUUCUAACCAUUUUCCGUCAACCGAAGUACCAAGUAACAGCUGUCCGUAAUACAGAACAAUCCCGUUCCUCUUCUUCUUCUAAAAAGUACCACUGCUUUCCGUUUAAAAGAUAGAAACUGAAUGCUUAAAUUAUUGCUUUUCUCAGUAACAUAAAACAAAAUCUUAAACUCAACCAUUUUUUAAUACACACAUCACAUCCUUCGAAUUCUAUAAAAAAGUCGAAUUGUCUUCUGUUUCAAAUGUCUUCCAUUACUAUAAAGUUUCCAUUACUAUAAAGUUCCCAAACACACACUCUCUAGAUUCAUUACAAAAUCAAGAGAAAUAUAGAGAUAGAGAUUGGAAGAAAUGAGGGGUUUUGGAGGUCCAUUGUCGUCACUUGUUUUAAUCAUUCUCUUCGCUUUGUUACAAAAAUCCGCAUUUGCUGUUAAGCCUAUUAGUAGGCCUGGUAAAAAGUCUUAUAUUGUGUACAUGGGUGCACACUCACAUGGAGCAGAAGCUACAUCAGCAGAUCUGGAUAAAGCAACUGAUGCUCAUUUUCAGUUACUGAGUACUGUUGUAGGAAGUAAUGAAAAGGCUAGAGAAUCAAUGUUUUAUUCGUACAGACGUUAUAUAAAUGGUUUUGCUGCAGUCCUGGAUCAGCAUGAAGCAGAUGAAAUUUCAAAAUACCCAAGUGUUUUCUCUGUUUUCGAAAACGAAGGAAGGCAGCUGCACACCACCCACUCAUGGAACUUUCUUGGACUAGAAUCUGAAAGUGGUGAUGUUUCGCCUCUCUCGGCAUGGAAUAUAGGGAGGUAUGGGGAAGAUACAAUCAUCGCUAACCUUGACACUGGAGUGUGGCCUGAAUCAAAGAGCUUUAGUGAUGAAGGAAUGGGACCAAUUCCGUCCAGAUGGAAAGGAACUUGUCAGAAUAACUCCAAAGAUGGAGUUCCUUGCAACAAGAAGUUGAUUGGAGCAAGAUACUUCAUCAAUGGGUAUGCAGCAGGAGUAGAUUCCUACGAAAUCCCGACAAAUUUAUCAGCACGUGAUUACGAUGGACAUGGCACUCAUACACUAUCUACGGCUGGUGGUAACUUUGUAUCAGGUGCUAAUGUGUUUGGUUUUGGGAAGGGUACAGCCAAAGGCGGAGCCCCAAAAUCUCGUGUUGCUGCUUACAAAGUCUGUUGGAAACCUAUAAACGACAGUGGAUGCUAUGAUGCUGAUAUUAUUGCUGCAUUUGAAGCUGCAAUUCAUGAUGGUGUUGAUAUUAUAUCUGCAUCUAUUGGUGGACCGCCUGCUGAUUACUUCAGUGACGGCAUUGCCAUUGGUUCAUUCCAUGCCGUGAAGCAUGGUAUCACUGUCGUCACAUCAGCCGGUAAUAAUGGAGCCGUGGAAGGGGGAGUCUCUAAUACCGCUCCCUGGUUAAUAACAGUUGGUGCUAACACCAUUGACAGGGAGUUCCCUGUUGAAAUUGGACUUGGCAACAGGAAGCAUCUCAAGGGUCAGAGUUUGUAUCCAAAAGCGCUUCCAAUUAAGAAAUUUUAUCCUUUGAUAAACGGGACAUCUGCAAAAGCAGCAAACUCGACAAAUGAAGACGCUCGGUUGUGUUUUGCUGGGUCCCUUGAUCCUGCCAAGGUUAAGGGUAAGAUAUUGGCAUGCAUUCGAGGCAUAAGUGGUCGAGUCGAGAAAGGUAUUGUGGCACUCCAAGCUGGUGCCGCAGGGAUGAUUCUAGCCAAUGACGAGGCGAAUGGACGUGAAACUGUAGCCGAUCCUCAUGUUCUUCUCUCUGCACACAUCACCUACAUUGAUGGUCUGGCCUUGUUCUCUUACAUCGGUUCAACCAAGUCACCGGGUGCUAUUAUGACACGAGCAAGAACUCAGUAUGGUGUUAAUCCAGUUCCCGUGGUGGCAGCUUUUUCAUCUAGAGGGCCCAAUGUUGUUACUCCUGAGAUCCUUAAGCCUGACGUCACCGCACCAGGAGUGGAUAUUAUAGCAGCAUUCACUCAAGCAAUAGGCCCGGCAGGUGAAACAGAUGACCGUCGAGUUUUGUUCAAUACCGAGUCUGGAACUUCAAUGUCUUGCCCUCAUAUUGCUGGUGUCGCUGCCCUUAUCAAAACAGUUCACCCCGACUGGAGUCCAUCUGCCAUCAAAUCAGCAAUUAUGACUACCGCAAGGACCCAAGAUAGCCAGAAGGUUGCAAUGCGCAAUUCGUCAAACCUCCAGGCAACACCAUUCAAUUAUGGGUCAGGACAAGUGAGACCCAACGCUGUUCUGGACCCUGGUUUGGUCUACGACGUAACUACCAAUGACUACUUGAACUUCCUCUGCGGACUUGGCUACGAUGAAUCCCAGCUCAAGCCUUUCACCCCAGACAUGCCUUAUAAAUGCCCCGAGUCGUACACACUAACAGACUUCAACUACCCUUCUAUCACCGUACCGGAUCUCCAAGGUUCAAUUACUGUAACUAGAACCGUUAAGAAUGUUGGUUCUCCUGGUACUUACAAAGCUCAGAUACAUGCACCUCAAUGGAUAAGGGUAUCCGUUGAGCCAAAAACAUUGACAUUCGAGAAGAUCGGUGAGGAAAAGAUGUUUAAGGUGACUCUCAAAGCUGUGUAUUCUUCGGAACAAUACACAUUUGGGAGGCUAACAUGGACUGACGGUGUGCAUUUUGUGCGGAGUACUAUAGUAGUGAGAGGAGCUCCUGGGCCGCUAUAAGAUUUUUACUGAAACACCUAUUUUUUAACUUAAUAUUUAGUGAUUUUUUCUAAUUACAGUUAGCAGUAUUACUUGACGGAAAUGGAAAUUCAAUGUCA